AUGUGUGCAUGCUGCAGGAUGGAUGCUGGUGCUGACCCUACUUAUAGGUGGGCUCCAGAGUCGGAGGCCCAGCACUGCAACCUGAAUUUCCUGGCUCGCCAGAAAAAUGUUCAUCUGCGGCACUUGGGGGUGUCGGAGCCGCCGCUCUCGAGCUUAGAACUGCCGGUCAUUUACCUGGUUGUCCUUGGUCGGGGAGAGAGCCUGGCACGGUAUUUGGGUGUUUCUCUAUUAAACGAUUUUGUGGAAGAGAAGUUCAACAAACUGUUCAGUACCUGCAGUCCGCCCCUGGCUGAAACUGACAAUGCUCAAGGCAGUGACAUACUCAGCUGGGUUGAUGUUAUCCGUAAAUUCAAUUAUGACCAGGCUGAAUACACUGAUGAUGGCACAUACCGCUUCCCUGUCCAAGGGCUGCUGGUCCAAAUAUCAGAAGCCGAUUACGCUAUUAUCCAGUCCGGUAUUCUUCAUAAGCUUCACAAUCCGUGGCCGGAUUCAAGAGAUGCACAGGAAGAACUGGAGACAGUUGAGCUUGCAAUUGCGGAAGUGUCCGAGUGGAAUCAAUAUGCUUUACGAGGUGGAAUUGUCACUGUACCGUCUUCCAAAGUGCAGUUUAGACUGGUGGCUAAUAUCCUACAUAGCCAUUCAACAUAA